AUGAGCCGGUUUGUCCGAAUCAAGACUUCCGAUUUAAUUCCUGCUGAAAGGAUGCCAUUCCCCGAGGAAUGGAACAUGAAACGCAAGUACAUCCCUAAUGAUGAUACUUGCUUAUCUGCUUUUCCUGUUCUUCCUCGAUCUGACCUCAGAGAUACUGUUGCUAUGAGGCCUCCCCCGCCCGGUGAGGAGGAAAUUCCUAAGCCAACCAAGGAGAAGAAAAGGAAAAGGGCUUCGCCAGCAGUUCCCCCUAAGCCCAAGAAAAAUAAGGCUCGAAAGCCUAGGGCCGACCCUGUAGCCCGAUCUGCAGAGGCGGUUCAACACCUUCGGGGUGAUGAGGAAGAGGGAGAGGAUGAUGACUGUCUGCUGGUAGCUCGGAAGAGGGGGAGCACCGAAGCUUUGAAAGCCGCUGAACCGGUGGUGGCUGAUGCGGUUCAAUCUCGAAUCAAAGAAAUCUCGGAGAGGAGCUCGAGCAGAGUCCCCGAGCCAUGGGGCGGCAAUAGAGCACCUCGUCUUGGAGGACAUUCGGCGGAUGAGCCCGAGGGGCCUAAUUCCGGGGCCCUUCAAAAAGAAGAUAAUGUUCCAAGUGAAUCACUUGGGAUUAUUAACGUAGAUGAAUCACAGCCUGGACCUGUGUUCUCUGAAGGGAAAUUUCGAGAUGUCCAUGCCAUGAAGACUCCCGACAAGGGGACGACCCACGAAGGGAAUGAUAUUUUCUGGGAGUGCUUUGCUGGGGUCGUGGUACUUCAUCGACAAGCAUUUUCCAAAUCUCGAGCCGAGCUUGCCCGAUGCGAGGCCGAACUCAAGAAGCUGGUGGAAGAGAGGGACAACCUUAAACGCCUCUAUGUACAGAAAGAGGAGGAGGUCAGGGAUCUCCGAGUUGAACUGGCGAAGGCUCAUCAAGAACAGAUUGAGCUCAUUGAACACGCCAAGCAGAUAGGCGAGGUAGUGGAGCAGCUUCGAGAAGAGCUCAAGGUGAAAGAGGCUGAGACCUUGGGGUGGAAGCAACAUAUGGAUCGUCUCGCCUCGGAAAAAUAUACGCUUCGGGCCCAGCUGACUUCGAUUGAACGCCAGCUUCAAAAUGAAAAGGGGGAAAGCCUGGCCCGGAGCCAAAAGAUUGAGGAGCUCGAGGCUAAAUCGGCCGUCGAGAUUGCGAAGGUCAAAUCUGAGGCAGAGGCGUUUGUGGCCUCUUAUCGAGCUGACGCCGAGGCUGCUAACAUUCGGGCACAGGAAAUCUCCAUUGCCGCCGAAGUCAAAUUAUCAUGUGCUCUCGAUCACGCCAGGAAACAAUCCCGGAGAGAAACUCUCGAGGAAGUGCAUGCUCGUGGCUUUGACCUCUCACCUGAUAUUAAAAAGGCAAAAAUUUUGGAUGACGAGGCUGCCGCUUUACUCUAUGAUGAUGAAGAUUCUACUAGUGGUUCCGAGAGAUGA